UUUAGAGGGAACGUGGAGACUAAUUUACAGGGCUAUUGUUUGUUUGUUAUGAGACCAAGACUACAAGACACGAAGGAGACAGCACACAUAUGGCUACCAGGUAUAAACACACUUAUGUAUGGAGGAUUAUCGCUGGAAGAAGUUCAUAGUUAAUCUAGUGAAUGGAUGAUAGAUUCUAUUCCAGGAAUAAAGUGGUGCUCUCGGUCACUCUCCGUCAACUCUCGGUCACUCUAAACUCAGUGUGGCCUUUAUCUCUUAGUCGUACCACGACUAGUAAUUCUAGAAACCUUGUAUACCUGAUAUCGCUGACUUAUCAACAGAUACGAUUUAAAAGGAGGGAAUCGUAAGUCCACUGCAUGGUGAAGAAGGUAUUGUUUAAAUAGUGUUGUCAUUGAUGAAAUAUUGUGGCUGUAAAGUUUAGGCAUCGUUUCGUGUCGAUUCUAUUAUGGAGAGCGGUUUCCGUUUUUUAAUAUUCACAAGUCGAGAAUGGACGCCACCUUAGGCUUUUUGAAGUUGAAAGUGCUUACAAUUCCGAUAAGAUUGAGAUUUCGUAUGACUCCGAAUCUGUUACGUUUGACGGAGGACGCCUUUCCUCUUUGUGUUUCCAUUUUCAGUGACGUGUACAUUACAUCUUAAUGGAUGGCCACAAGAGAUCACUGUCUCGUGAUGGGUCCGAGGAACCCCUGGUGGCUGAACCCUUGGUGGCCGAACCCUUGACCAACGGAAAGCCUUUUGCUGUAGUGGACAUGGACGUAUUAUCUUAUGCCGAGAAUUCUAAACGUAAACCAGCAGAAAUAACUGACACGUUCGGACAACUUCUGGACUACUGUUCCGAGGCUGUGAAUACGUGUAAAUCAGCAGCACAUCGCUGGUUAAACGACGCCAUUUUCAUUGCUCUUGUCGUUGCAUAUGUCAUCUACAUCGUCUUUGUCAUCGUUUUUGACACCACGACCGCGUUCUGGGCAUGCGUGGAUGUGGCUAUCGUCUUUCUGGUCGUUAUACACAGGUUCUGGGGGAUCUCAACUGUCCUUGGCUACAUCACAACACCUCUUCUGAAAAUUCGUAAACAAUACUGUGUCAUUAGUCCGAAACGACAGGUUUUUGCUGGAAGGUUUUUCACAGCCUUCCUGUUCGUGGCUCUAGUGGUGUACCUUAUCGUGGAUCUACAUGACGAACCGGAUAGACUUGUCCCCCUCGGAGGCCUCAUUCUAUUCUUGAUCCUCAUGUUCAUCACAUCUACUGCCCCAUCAAAGGUAGAAUGGCGGGCAGUACUAUGGGGAUUAUUACUACAGUUUAUAAUGGGAAUCAUAAUUCUGAGGUGGCAACCUGGUUACAAGGUGUGUAAACUAAUGGGGGACGCCGUAGCCUACUUCCUCUCCUUUACCGACUACGGCUCCAAGUUCGUGUUCGGCGAAAAAACCUACACUAUGCACGUCGUGGUCUUCAAGAUUCUACCUGUAGUGGUGUACUUCAGCGCCGUAGUGUCUAUCCUGUAUUACUUGGGAGUGAUGCAGUUCAUCAUUAAGGGGCUGGCCAAGUUGUUCCAGUAUACCAUGAAGACCACAGCUGUUGAGUCCUUUGCUACUGCGGCUCAUAUCUUCAUUGGACAGGUGGUGUCUACCGUUGCCUUGAAGCCGUUUCUGCGUGAUCUCACGUUAUCCGAGCUUAACGCCGUGAUGACGUCAGGAUUUGCUACAGUGGCUGGAACAGUCAUCGCUGCCUACAUCGAAUUCGGGGUUCCCGCUGAGCACGUGAUCACUGCGUCAUUUAUGUCGGCCCCGGCUGCACUAGCAGUGAGUAAACUCAACUGGCCGGAAACGGAAGUACCACGCGGGAAGGGAAAGGAUGUCUACGCCAAUCUCAACGUCGGGAAUGAGCACAAUAUUAUGGAAGCAGCUUCAGCCGGGGCUUUGACGGCCAUCAAACUAAUCUCCUAUGUUACCGUCAAUCUCAUUGCCUUCAUUUCACUCCUCGCCUUCGUUGACUAUUUCUUGUCCUUCAUGGGGUCACGUGUUGGUCAUCCAGAGGUCACGUUCCAGUUUCUCUGUUCGUACAUAUUCAUGCCGUUGGCUUUAGUGAUGGGAGUUCGAUGGGAGGACUGCGGUAAGGUAGCCGAGCUCAUUGGCAAGAAAAUAUUUAUCAACGAGUUCCUGUCCUUCGCCGACCUCGGCAAGAUGAUCAAGAACGAUGAAAUCAACGAACGUUCAGUCGUGAUAGCUACUUACAUAUUGUGCGGGUUUGGUAGUAUAGCCGCCAUGGGCAUCAAUUUGGGCGCAUUUACUGCUGCAGAUCCUAGCAGACGACAGGACUAUGCUAAGGGCAUGCUCAGAGCCAUGAUUGGCGGGAACGUCGCCUGUUUCAUGACUGCAUGUGUGGCAGGUGUUUUAUACCAAGGAAGCCUUAUACAGAACAUGGUGGCAUUAAACACAACAAUCAUCAAUACUACCUCACUGAAUUCUACCUCAUUAGUUAAUGACAUGUUCAACUAUUCAUCCGUUUUCAACACUUCAAUUGAUCCUGGUUAAGGUGGAGCUAUGUUGAUGUCUUCGUCUGGUUGUUUAUGGAACCUUCCCACCAAACACUAUCAGCAUUACAGAAAAGUGUGGAAGAUUUUUGUAUGUGAUAAAGCAAUGUUUAUAAUAAGUUUUUCUAAUUUACCUAUACAUAAUUUAUAGGUAAAACCUUUUUAAAGCAUUUUAAAAAUUUCGUUGUUGAUGGCAUGUUACAUCAUAUUUUGUAGAAUAUAUAAUCAUAUGUAAAACCACGGAGUAAGACAGAUAUACAAUGUAUCCUUGUUCAUGGUAAAUCCAGACUCUGGAGAAGGAAAUUUGGACGUUGUGGUAUAUACUUGGCUUUCCGACCCACCUGUAUCAUAGUUACUGGCCAAAGUGAUACCGGGUCUAGGGAUUGUAGCUUCAAAUUGUAUAGUCACAAAUACAAUGUGACCAGAUUCUGUUUAAUGUGAAUCAAGUCCAAAUAUACGGUCAAACAGCUUUAAGUAAUUACAGAUUCCUAAAAUGAAUCACUAUUCACCCACUGAUCCUUUCUGGGAAAGAAUCACGGGUUGCUAUUUAUAGUUCACCCGACACAUCUUUACUUAUAUAUUUAAAACAGCAUUUUUUGUUAUAUUUUAUUUGUUGUAACCCUGGUGAGGAUUUUGGGAUUUUUUUAACGACUUCGAUUAUUGCUAAAGGUUUACGUUUAUAUUGUAAAUGUUUCACGUAAUUCUAUAAACAGUAUAUUAUUGUAUCUCAUUUGUAACAGUUUAAACAGAGUGCCUUUAAUGUAAGUUUAGUAAUUAAUUAAUUGAAUGUAAAAGGAGUGUAUUUUAAGUGUCAAAAUGAUGUUGUUUUAUCUGUAAAAGUGCAAAAUGUUAUCAGGUAGAGUUGAACCUCAUCAUGAACUGGGCGGGACCAUGGGAACAGUUUGAAAUAACCAAGUAUUCGAUUAAAGCCAGUUUGAAAGCUUUGUGUAAGGUCAGGUAGAGACCAACAAAACGCUUCAAAUUAAACAGAGUUUUGAGUUAUACGAGUCUGUAUAUUGUGAAACAGAAUCCUGUGAGAGAGAAGAUAAAAGUCUGGUGUGAAUAGAAUGCAAUAGAUUUGUAUAGACAAUCAAUUAUCUUGGUGCCUUAUGAGUUGUGUAAGGAUGUCACGGAUCUAUUUAAAGCUGGAGAGAAUUGUUAACUAUAAGACUUGUAACGUUUUGUCAAAUCAAUAAAAUAUUUAUUUUUAA